AUGGCGGAAAUAAGGGAAAUUACACAGAUUGAACAUUUAAAUGGAAAGAACUGCCAAUCUUGGAAGUAUAACAUCAAAUUAGUAUUGAUGGAGCGAGGAUUAUGGGGUUUUGUAAAUGCAACUGAGGAACAGCCAGCUGAAAUCGCCACUGGGCAGGUAAAAAGUGCGUAUCAACUAAGAUCUGACAAAGCAUAUUCAUUGAUUGCAAUAAGCGUUGAUAAGAAUCUACAAGUUCACAUUAGUAGAACAACAGAUCCUUUGGAAGCUUGGGAGACACUUCGAAAGCAAUUCGAGUUGGUUUCAAUCACUCAAAUCGUGAGAUUAAACCGCAGAUUUUAUGCUGCUACUAUGAAAGAAGAUGGCGAUAUAAUGGAGCAUAUUACGUACAUGACAACACUGGCAGACCAAUUGCGAGAAAUGAAAGAGGAGAUUUCAGAUCAGAAAUUUGCCACAGUGAUUUUAGGAAGCCUUCCUGAAUCGUAUGAAAACUUUAUUUCAAGUUUGAAUGCUCAGAAAGUAGAAGAUCUUAAAUGGGAAAAUGUCAAAAGCUUAUUGGUUGAAGAGUAUAUGAAGCGAAAAGAGAAGCAAACAGAGAGUCCAGGUCAGAACGAUGCAUUAUUUUCGAGGAGGAGUAAUUAUUCAUUCCGUGGAAGGAAUCAUCAGUUUCGUGGUGGCAGACAGUAUGGAAACAAUACUCGAGACAGUGGUGUAUACAAUCAGAGGAGACCAAACCAGAUGCGAGGAAUUAAAUGUUUCAAAUGUGAGAAAUUUGGUCACGUUGUUAAGAACUGUCCUCUUAACAAGAAAUCAAAUGAGUCAAAUAUCACUGAAGAAGGCGAGCAAGAUAAACACGGAAAUGAAGGAAUAGCUUUAAGUUCUACAUCCACCAAUAAAAGGAAAAAUUAUCAAUGGCUCAUUGAUAGUGGAGCAACUAAACACAUGACAUUUCAGAGGAAUAUUAUAACUGAUUACAAGAAAUAUGAGGAACCAUCGAAGAUCUAUCUUGGAGAUAAUAGAAUCAUCAAAGCAUAUGGCGAAGGAAAAGUGAAGCUUGAAUGUAAUGAUGGUGCAGACAGUGGCGUAGCUGGCUCAAAAUAA